GCCUUGCGGUUGCCACCGCCGACGCGAUGCGGGGCGCGGCCGCGACCGGCAGCCUGGGUGCGGCCACGACCAGCACCGACGCGGUGGCGAGGCCGCAGUUGUUGCUGCCGUCGCUGGAGGAGAGGGCGCUGGACCCCGACUCGGAGCGGGAACGAGAAGCGACCACGCUGGGUCGGAGCAGCAAUGGCUUCUCCUUCCUGGAGAGUUCUGGCCGGGGCACAUCGUCCAGGCUGCGGCGAUGGAGGAAUUCGCGUUCAGAGACGGCGGAGAUAUCUGAGGAAGACAGCGAGGCGCAGAUGGCGAAUAGCUGGCACGGCAAGCUCUCUUUCCUCGGUGACACCGCUUGCUACGAGGGCACCGACGCGGUACUGGACCAGGCGUCGCAGAGGAACGUCGGCGCGCACCGCGACGGCAUCACCAGAGUUGCCACCAGGUGGGGCAUCAUUUGGAGGAGGUUCAAGGCCGUUUGCAGGAGGCCCUCCCGGGUGCCCUUGCUGCCCGAGCUGGCCUUCCUGGCCCGGCCGCGCAACGGGGUCGGGAAGUUCGUGCUGUCGACCCCCGUGCAGGCCGCGAUCACCGUCGUCAUCCUGCUGGACGUGGUCGCAACGCUGUACUCCUUCGUGCACGGCCUCGGGUCCAGGCCCGAGGAGCCUGGCCUCCAGUCCGAGGUGCUGCUCGUGUUCGACUGGUCCGUGGUCGCAGUCCUCGGCGCGGAAGUGUCCAUGCGCAUUUUCUUCCUCGGCGCGGCGUUCACGCACUCGCUCCUGAACUUGUUCGAGGUGACCCUCGUUCUCCUGGCGACGGGCGAGCUGCUCGUGCGCGGGCGGGGCGGGAGCGGCGACAUGGGGCAGGGCUGGGCGGUCCUGCGGGCGCUCCGGCCCGUCGUGCGCGGGUGCAGCGUGGUGCUCAAGGCCACCCGCGGAGUCGCCCGGGUGCGCCAGUUCCGGGCGCACCUGCAGCUCCAGGUCAGCGGCCUCCGGCGGCGGUAUCGGAAGCAGGGCUUCGAUCUGGAUUUGUGCUACGUCCUGGCCCAGUUCAUCACGAUGGGUAGGCCAGCCCUUGGGACGGACGCCUUCUUCAACAACCCGGAAGACGAGGUCGCGCGGUUCUUCCGCACGGUGCACCGCGACAGAUUCGUGAUCGUGAACGCUACGGAGCAGUGUGACUAUCCCGCCGAAGAUUUUCUGCAACGCGUCCUCCUGCUCCCCGUCCGGGAGACGGGCGUGCCCAGGCUGAGCGACCUUUGGGACGCAUGUGAGGUGGUGAAGGAGUUCUUGGAGCGAGACAGCAGGAACGUCAUAGCGGUACACAGCGGGCUGGGGCUCGGGCGCGUGAGUAUGCUGGCUUGCGCUUGGCUCCUCUACAAGGGCGAGAAGGACAAUGCCGACGAGGCGGUCAACUUCUUCGAGCGCGCGUGCACCGAGGAGGGCUCGGGUAGCCUCGUCCAGGCCUUCGACUGCCCGUCGCAGCAGCGGUUCGUCGAAUACUUCACCAUCUGCGCGCACGAGCUCCACGGCGUGCCGAGCCCUCCACGCCGGGCGCGGCUGCGCACGGUCAAGCUGCUGGGCAUCGAUCCCGAGGCGGCCCCAAAUCUGGUGGUGAAGGUGUUCGCGCACCCAGGCAGGACCUCUCUGAGGCCUCCGGCCAGCGCCGUUGGCGACACCUUUCCUCGGUCCGGCAGCAUGUCAACGAACAAGUGGAGCUCCGCAGGCACGGGCGGGCUUGACGAGGUGCUGUUCAUGAUGCACGAGGAGGACAUGGUGCAGCAGGCGAUGGACGAGCGAGACGCGCAGGAGUUUGACUCCUUCCUGUCCGGCUGUCAGCGGCAGGCCGGGCCGCCGUUGUUGGACACCCUGGAGCCCGACCACGUCAGCUCCUUCUCGGGCGAGCACGGCGUGGCCUCGGACCUGGUGGUGUGGCACCUGCACGAGCUGGUGCUGGCCGGGGAGACGUGCGUCGAGGUGCACCGCCUGGUGGACCAGCAGAGCGGCGAGAGCACGCAGCUGCUGAUGGCGGCGUGGCUGCACACGUCCUUCCUCGAAGUCUCGCGGAACACACGGCAGAGCGCCAGCCUGAGGUCCAAUCGCAACUUCCACGCGGACACCGCGAGGAGCAGCAUCGUGGUCUCGCUGCCCAUCUUCGACAUGGACAAGGGUUGCAGGGCCCCGAGCCUGCGAAGCUACAGCAAGACGUUUGAGAUGCAGCUGUACUUCGAGGUCGACGAGCAGAUGGACUACGGGACUUUGGGCGGCCGCUCCGACCUGGAUGCGGGGCAUGCCCAGCUCGAGGGUCUUGGGCAGUUGCUGAAACUCCGACCGCCGUCGAUCAAGGACAUAUCGGGCACAUUCGAGGUCCGGUGGCUGACGUGGUGCAUGGAGAGGCUCUGGCCAUACAUCGAGUCCGCGCUCGAGAAGGUGAUGAGCAGCACAGUGGAGACCGUGCUGCGAGAGAAGAUCCCACCACAGCUCGGGGAGGUGAGGAUGUCCAAGUUCUCCCUCGGCGCGGCACCCGACCUGGGCCCCGUGCUGUCCAGCGAGCGCUCGGGCGAGCGCACAGGCCUGCAGCUGGACAUCUGCAUGCGGUACAGGGGGGACACGGACAUCGUGAUCAACGUCGGGACAUCCAGCCACGGCGUCUCCAGGCUCUCGAUGAGCGGCACCCUCUCGGUGCUGUUCGAUCCCCUCGUCGACUCGGUGCCCAUCGUUGGCGGUGUGCACCUCUUCUUCCUGAACCCCCCAGAGGUGCGCAUGGAGUUCUCCGGGCACAGGAUGUUCGCCAACCUCGCCAACCUCGCCCUCGUCCGCUCCGCCAUCGAGGCGGCCUUCGUGAGGGCCUUCUCCGACGCGAUGGUGCUGCCGCACCGCUUCAGCGCCAACUGGAUGCCCGAGGCCCUCGCCUGCGGCGACCCCACCGGCUCUUGGUCCGGCACGCUCCCCUGCGCCGUGCUGCGCGUGCUCGUGGUUGAGCUCCGGGGGCUCCCGCCGGAGCGGCUGCGGCUGCCCGGGCUCUCGAGCGUGACGCUCUGCGGCGCCCGCGCCGCGCGGGGCCGCGGCGGCCGUGGGGGGCUGGGGCCCAGCAGGCACGUGGUGUUCUGCGUGGGCGGCGGCAGCCGGCGCGCUGGGCCGCCGCCCGCGGACGCCGCCGCCAGCGCGUCCGAAUCGGAGCCUGAGGAGGGCGUCCUUCCACAGGGCCCGUGCGGCGCGUGCGAUCUCCUCGUCUACGACGUUAAGCAGCGCUUCUGCGUCGAGGUCUGGGAGCGCCAGCUGGGCCACGACAGGCUCGUAUGCCGGUCCGAGGCCCGGGAGGUACACCAGCUCUUUCGCAAUGCUUUCGAAGAGCCCCUCAGCCUCCCGAUGCACAGCCCGGAAGGCCCCGACGUCGUGGGCGCCACGCUGGGCGCGGUGUCUCCAGCCAGUGCAGGCGGCCCAGAGCAGUUGGGCCAGGUCCGGCUACUGACGGCGAUGUUCGAGCUGCACGCGGACGCAAAGAAAGUGCUGGAAGCGGCGGGCGUGGCAGCCCGUCCGCAGCAGCAGCAGCAGAGCCCCAGGAUCGGCUCCAGCGAGCUUGUCCCGGGGACCUCCACCGCCCAGGCCUCGGGUCGGGUGCCGCUCCCCGAGGUGCGCAGCAACCGGGUGCCUUCUGCGCGUUCCGCGACGCGCUCCUCCUCGCUGAGUUUGGGCGGCGACCUGCCAGGGCGGCACGUCGCUCUGCUGGUCUGCACCGUCAUGAAGGGCCGCCUGCCGCCGCCCGGGCCUCCCGCGCAGCUCACAGACUUCCACCUGCGCGCCUCCCUGGGGCCCGACGUGAGCAGCGCGCCCUUCGCGCCACGCGAUGAGGCCUGGAAGGAACACGUCAGCGUGCCGGAGAGCACCGCUGCCGCGGUGCAGGCGCUCUUCGAGGAGGGGUUCGCGCUGGGGCGCAUCGCCUCGAUGCUGCAGCUGGACGAGGCGCUCGUCGCCAAGGUGAACGCGGACCGGCAGGAGUUCAACGUGGAGGUGGCCCAGCAUUUGUGCCUCCUGGUGGACUCGCAGGGGCUCGCGCAGGGGGCAGUGGAGCUCGAGGUCUACCUCCGGGGGGGGGUGCAGGCGAGGGGGCGCGUGCCACUGGUGCAAGUCUGGCAGCGCGCCGAAAGUGCAGCUGGCGGAUUUGACCAGGUGCGAAAAGCCAGCAGCUUGAACCUCGCGAGCAAGCGACCUUUCACCAGGGGUGCGAGGAUCCAUGCCCGGAAGAUGGUGGAGCUGGCCACAGAGGAUGCGGCCCAGUCCAGCGGUCCAGUCUCGGCCAGGUAUGACCUGGACGUGGAGUUCUGUUUGUUCGCAUUCGCGCACCACCGCUCGUCGUUCGCCUUCGGGGACACGGAGGACUGA